AUGGUUCUCGAAGCAGUAAUGAUUGUAGUGGACAACAGUGAAAGUAGUCGAAAUGGAGAUUAUACACCAACACGCUACGAAGCACAAUCCGAUGCCGCUUCCCUAAUCUUUUCCGCCAUUACUCAAGCCAAUCCCGAAUCGUCAGUUGGGCUGAUGUCUAUGGGUGGAAAAGGACCAGAGGUUCUUGUUACUUUAACAACUGAUCAUGGAAAGAUCUUGGAUGGAUUACAUCGUACUAAGACUAAGAUUCGUGGGGAUAGUCAUUUAGCUACUGGCAUCCAGAUCGCUGGUUUGGCACUCAAACAUCGACAAAACAAAUCCCAACGUCAACGUAUAAUUGUUUUCAACUGUUCUCCAGUCGCAGAAGAUGAGGAAUCUCUUGUCAAACUGGCCAAAAAGAUGAAGAAAAAUAACGUCUCGAUCGAUUUUGUCGUAUUCGGAGAACUUGAUGAUGAUGUGACACAAAAGUUGACAGUCUUCAAUGAAAAUGUCAAAGGAGGUGAUGGAUCACACUUGGCAAUUUUCCCACCCGGACCAGGACUUCUCAGUGAUCGAUUACUUGUUUCACGAAUUUUGAGUGCGGAUGAAGUUGCAGGUGGUGGAGCUGGUGGGGGAGGAGCUGAAGCUGGCGGUGAUAGUGGCUCAUUUGAAUUUGGUAUCGAUCCAAGUGUGGACCCAGAAUUGGCUUUGGCAUUGAGAAUGAGUAUGGAGGAUGAGAAGGCCCGGGUUGAGAAAAACGAGAAGAUACGGCUUGAUAAGGAAGCAGCAGAGCAAUCUGCUUUAGGGGAAAUUAAGGAAGAGGAUGAGGCAUCGGCACCUCUGUUGAAUAAAGACGGGGAAGCUAGUGGAAGUGGGGACAAGAAGGAUGAUGAUAAAAUGGACACGGCUUAG